AUGCCACUGCCACACACACACACUCGUAGUUUCGACGCUAUCUCUCUAGAGUCUAGAACAUUCCGAUAUAAACCACAAAGAAGAAGAAGAAGAAGCAGAGCCGAGGAAGGGAGAAGAAGAAAGAAGAAGAUGUCGUGGCAGACUUACGUCGACGAUCACUUGAUGUGCGAAGUUGAAGGCAACCGCCUCACCGCCGCUGCAAUUCUCGGUCAAGACGGUAGCGUUUGGGCUCAGAGCACCAGUUUCCCUCAGUUGAAGCCAGAAGAAAUCGAAGGUAUCAACAAAGAUUUUGCUGAACCUGGAACACUUGCUCCAACAGGAUUGUUUCUUAAUGGCAUCAAGUACAUGGUGAUCCAAGGAGAGCCAAAUGCCGUCAUUCGAGGAAAGAAGGGAGCUGGUGGGGUUACCAUCAAGAAAACCACUCAAGCUUUGGUCUUUGGUAUCUAUGAAGAACCAAUGGCUCCUGGACAGUGCAAUAUGGUCGUGGAGAGGCUCGGUGACUACCUCAUUGAAUCAGGGCUCUGAAACCCUAAGCUGAUGCUAUAUUUAUGUUGCUAAUGUAAUCUUCUAGUUGUGUCAUGAGAGAAAACUAUAUAUAUAUAUAUAUAUAUAUAUAUAUAUAUAUCGAAGGUGAUCGAUCAUUCGAUAGUCCGACUGUCUAAUACCUACCAUGUGAUGGAUCUUGGGGUUGUAUGAUUUCUAUAACAAUAUGAUAUUGUCUCCAUUUGUGGCUGAGUUGAAAAUUUUAA